CACAUGGCUUCCAAACAGGAAGUGCAUGGUGCUGGCGGCCAUCUUGGAUUUCCAAAGCACAUGGCUUCUAAGCAGGAAGUGGAUGUUGCUGGCGGCCAUAUUGGAUGUGGCAAAGAGCAGAGCCGACUUCAUGGCAGCCAUCUUGGUACUCCCAAUUUGAGUAGCAGCCAUCUUGGAGGUGCAGAAGGUUUGCAGAAGCACAGUGGCGGCCAUCUUACUACACCUGAAUUGGAAGGCAGACAUGUUGGUGCUCCAAGCCUGAAUGUUAAUACGCACAGUGCCAAAACAAAUACCUUAGCUGGGCAGGCCAUCUCUGUGCUUAAACAGUCUCCUUUUGAAGGGGACAAGAUUGAUAGUGACCAACUGAUUCAGUCAAUCAGACUGAUGGAAGAUCUGGAGGCAAAAAGGAAGCAACUGGGCGUUGAGAUGAAGGCUGCCUACAACCAGUACUCCUAUGCAAAAGUAGAGGAUCAGGAGUAUUACUUGUCUAAAGUUAACCAUCUAAAUGCUGUAAUGUUUUCACUGGAUAAAGAGCUGGACAGCGUGAGGGGCCAAAUAGGGCCAAUGGCGGAGGUGUACGCCAACAGGAGGCGCUUUGAAGCAUCUGCGAAAAUCCUGAAGGAGCCGGUGCUGUACAGAUCUCCCAGGCAGGUCUCCUCAUCCGAGAGCGACCGGGAAGGAAGAACGCCAGGGAAACUGCACCAUAAGAAGACGGUUGUUGCCCAGAUACAUGCCCCUAAUUUCGUCUUUACCCAGGAGGAACUGGCAACAGUGCAAGGGAAGGUGAAGAAGGGCAACCUGCCCCAGAGAGAGGUGGAGACUUUUGUCUUUUCCCAAGAUGACUUUCCAUCUCUUCCAUCCUAUCAGGAAAGUGGGGCCCCCCAGGGCCAAACCGAGGUUUCUGUUGUAAAACAGAGUGCUUCAGAUGCUUCUGCUCUGGGGCAUGGGGAGUGUUCGGAUAUGGAAUUGACGGUAACACCUUGUGUGGAUGGGCCGGUGGCAGUGAGUGUUGGAGUGGCAGAUGGCAAGAAGGAGGAGCCUAGUGUGGGUGUGGCUUGUAUGAGUGAUGGAGAAAGUGAUGGUGAGAAUGCUGGGGUGGUAACGCGGUGUGUGGAGUCAGUUCUGCAGGAACCACAGGGCAGGGAGAGUGGAACUGCAGGGGCAAGUGAUGUGGCAGUUGAGGCACCCUCUGGGGCUCAUCAGUCCGUUCCGCUUACUGUGCCGGUACCUGGUGUCUCCUCAGCACCUAAUCCAUUAAUGCCACCCCCUCCCUCAUCAAUCCAGGCAAAUAAUGCAUCCAUGGGUAGAAACUCAGGCCAAAAGAUCAACCCCCCACAGCCACCUAAUGCUUGGAAUAGGCCCCUAAAUCGAGUGAGAGUCCCGGGGGUGGAGCGUCGAGUUACUGGCCCAGUGUUCAAGCUGAGAAACCGCAUUAGGCUGAAAUGGGAAGGAGAAAGGGAGUCAAUGCCCAGCAGGGAUGUGAUUGGGAAGGAGUUGCUGCUGAAACAGGCCACCCUAACCCCUGCAGAUGUAAGAGCCUGCAUAAAGAACUCCGAGUUGGAGUACGACAUUGUUUUCAGGACCUCUAACAAACUUGAGUACUUCUGGCAUGAGUAUGAUCACUUUAGAUCCACGGGUCUCUGGAAGAACUUUAAGGUGAUUCCAGUCACUAAGCCAGAGACCAAAAAGGUCACGGUUUUGUUUAAAAAUGACAAUGUCCCUCCUGAAGACAUAGCAAUAUGGCUGGGCAGGCAUUGUAAGGUUCUCUCCCCCCUCACUAUGGACAUAGACAACAAUGGGUACUGGUCUGGGGGUUGGUGUGCUAAUGUGGAGCUCCGAAUGCGCUAUAACAUCCCUCAGCAUCUCCCUAACUCAGUCUUUAUUGGGGAUGAGAGGGGAGUGGUCUUUUACCCCGGGCAGCCGAGGGCUUGUUUCAAAUGUGGCUCUUAUGGUCACCGUGCAAAUGCCUGUGCAGUGGUCAGGUGUUCACUUUGUGGUGAUGUUGGGCACAUAGGGCGAGACUGUAAGGACGUAAAGUGCAACCUGUGUGGAUUCUUUGGCCACUCGCACAGGGCUUGUCCUGAGGCUCUUCAUAAUAUCAGGGAGAGUUGCCCUAAUUUGGAGGAGGAGAUGGCUGAGGAAAUGCUGGAAGAGAUUAGAGAGGAACUCAGAGAAUGUCAGCCCCCAGUCCAAGGGUCAGAGUCUCAUCAGUCCAUAAGUCAGCCUAUACUGGCUGUACAACCACACAACCCAUCCCCACCUCCUCACCAACCCAAAGGUCCCAAGUCUGCUCCUUUGCCUCAGAGGCAGAGUUCUAAGCCCAUACUCCUAAAAUCUGGUUCUGUAGCUCCAAAAUCCUCUGUCCCUUCUAAAGGAAAAGAUUGGGUGGAAGUUGGCAGAGGGAAAGGAAAGCAGCAAGCCCCACAGAGACUAAUUCCCUCCAUGGAAAUUGACCUCUCAAAUAAAUUUACCCCUUUGAGUAGACACAAAUCUUGGGGGGAAGAAAUGGAGGAACAUGAUGAGCUCAAAAGAAUGGAAAGGGAGGAGGAGAGACAGGCUGAGCAGGAGAGAGUCCCUUUGGAAGCUGAUCCAGUACAUUCCCCUGGUCAAUGUCUUGCUGAAGAAUCUGAUAGUGGGGCGGAGGGGGAUUCCGAAAGCAAGAGUGGGGAUGAGGGGGAAAUGGACACAGGGCAGGAGCAUGUAACCCAAAAAAGGCCCUCUGAAAGGCAGGGGGUUAAAACCCAGGUAAAGAAAGGUAGUGGGGGUGGUAACCUUUCUGUGGACACAGAUGAAAUUGUGUCUAUUGGGGAUGAUGAUCCUGUCCCUUCAGGUGUUCAGGUCAAAAGGUAUGGGGACCUGGAGGGGGAUACCAGUCAGGAGGAUAAGAGACAAGAAGAGGCAAGGAAGAGAAAUAAAAGAUAUAAACAUAAAUCUUAACCAUGGUUUUCUCUCCACUCAGGAUCAUGUCCACCAAUGUAUCAAGCAUGAAGUCGCCCCGUGCCAUGUUCCAAGUAUAUCAAGCCCUUGAACACUCCUCGGCAGAUAUCAUUUUCCUCCAGGAAACCAGAUUGGGAUCCUCUGUGGAUCUUCGGAGGGCUUCCCGGGAGUGGCAUUGCGGUCCCAGCUUCUUCUCGAUUGCACCAGAACCAGGUGCAGGAGUUGGGAUCCUAUUUCGGGGACAUUCAGGGAUCCAGGUGCAUCGUCUCGUGGAAGUUGAGGCAUUUUCGACAGAUCCCAAGCCUUUGCCUUCAUUAUUAUGGCGGAAGCCUUGUAUUGGGUUUGGGG